AGUGUGCAGUAAGAGGUAACCUGGCAAGUGGUAGUGGCGCUUCUCGGGUGCUCUGCCUCAGGUUUAGGUACUAAAGGCCGAGACUGUCCUGGCGACGGCGACCUCUGCGGCGACGACUUAAGCUCUCAGAGGAGUGGCAGAGUACGGUCUGAAGGAAGGGCUUCUGGUCAGCCCAGGUUCUAUCAUAAUGAAUGGAUCCAGUGUGGCAAAUACAUCACCCAGUGUAAAAUCCAAAGAGGACCAAGGGUUAAAUGGGCAUGAUGAAAAGGAAAACCCAUUUGCGGAGUACAUGUGGAUGGAGAAUGAAGAGGAUUUCAACAGGCAGGUGGAGGAGGAGCUGCAGGAGCAAGACUUCUUGGACCGCUGCUUCCAAGAGAUGCUGGAUGAAGAAGACCAGGACUGGUUUAUUCCAUCACGAGACCUGCCUCAGGCCAUGGGACAGUUGCAGCAGCAGUUAAAUGGACUGUCAGUCAGUGAUGGUCAUGAUUCUGAAGACAUUUUGAGCAAAAGUAACCUGAACCCAGACGCCAAGGAGUUUAUUCCAGGAGUGAAGUACUGAGCCAACAAAUCUUUGAGGAGGACUUGUCUGUCCCCACAUCUGGGGAUAGUAAUGCACAAAAUGGAGGAGCUGAAGACGGGGGUGGGGUGGGCAAGGGGUGCACAGUGGGAAGGGGAGUGGUGGUCUCUCGAUACUGUGACUCUGAGUAACUAAUGUGCUCAGUCUUAUUCUACAAGCCUCUGAGUAUUUCUGUUUUCUUCUGCUGACUUUUGUUUGGAGCAGUUUCCUGUUUUGUUUUUUUAAAUAGCUCUUUCGAGUUAACGAAAUUGCAUUUUCCUCCCUUCAUCAGGAGUUUUCUGGGUGUUUAAAACAAAAUAAGCUGACCAAGAAAAACUGAGUAUUUAGGAAAUGCCCCUCUCACCCUGCUGUAUGCUUACCAGAGACAGUGAGACCUGGAGAACUUCUUGUGGAAUCUAUUGAGCUAGAUGGGAAAAGGGACAAGCAGAAAGAGCAGGUGGUGCAAACCGGAAUUUGAGGCUCAGCUCCCCCACCCCUGGGGUCUCCUACAAUUAACUGGGAUAACCAAUGGCCUGCCGAGCCCUUGCCUCUUUGUCCUGAACCCCAUUCGAGAAAACACUGACUUAAAGUACUUAGUUUACAGUAACUUUUGAUGAUUGUUGAAAGUUGUAAAUCAGAAGGUGGGGCUGUGAUGGCGGUUGUCACUUGAGUCAUUUAGUUACUGUUGUCCUGUUCAUAAGCCCUUGUUCACCACCACCUCAGACUCACCAUUUAUCAGUAAAAGAGCACGAGGGUUGAUCUGCCACCUCAUCUUUCAUGGAGUCUAUUCCCCGGCCUCCUUUACACUCUAUCCUACUCUGUUUUUAAGAAAAGAUACUGCUACCAAAGGCAUAGGAGAGGCCUGCUAUGCUGGCCAUUAGCCUGAGCCUGCAGAAGUCAUUCUUGAAUCUGUUGUGUCUUAAUUUUAUUUGGACAGUUUUUUCCAGCCUCAUCAACACUUCGUCUUCCUGGUGUCUUAAUUCCCUCAGACAAGUUUAUGCACUUUUUUAAGGAAAUAUUUUUCAGGACACUAGUAAGAAGCUCAAUUCAUAGUUUGGAUAUUUCUCCCCACCUUACAGAAUUAUGGAAAGGAACUCAAAACCAGCCUAGGAGAGUGAGUCCUGCUUGACCCAUGUGACUGUAUACCUGACCGUCUGGGAUCUUUUCAGCUAUUAAAACAUUUUAUUAUUCCUACA